AUGGACAACGACAAGCAGACUCGACUUCACCAGGAGAUAUGCCGCGUGGUCGAAUCCAUCCAGGAUGAAGACCUAUUCAUCCUCGCCCGCAUAGCUCUCUGCUGGCUCUGCGUCUCCGCGCGCCCCCUCCAGUCCCGAGAACUCUGGCUCGCCCUCCUGAUAUCACAGACGCAAUCAACCAGAGGCAGCGAUCAGGUCGAUGUACUCGUCAACAACGGCGUUCCUCUCCAGGUAGAAACCGCCGUCGCUUCACUCACUGGCUUGCUCGGAGGCCUGGUAUCUUUCCACCCAGAUCCUCGCCGUCCGGACCAGACCAAGACCUAUGUCGCCCUGAGCGACCCCGACCUGGCCACGGUCAUGUUUGAGCUGAGGAGUUCAGACUUACCUGCGCCGGUGCAGCGACUGGGCUUCAACUUCCAACAGGCAAACAUGAUUGUUACUGGAGAAUGCGCCGUCAUCUGCAGUCGGUCUGUUCUCCGGCUAGGCCAUGUUCACGACCAGUCUACUGAUCAGAAUGCCCCGACGUCCUCGCUCGUUCUCUACGCUUGGAAGCACUGGAACAGACACUGGAGUUUGGCCAGGUGGAAUCUGGCUGAUGCUGAUGAAGGUGCCAUAGCGGAGAUGAUGAUGGUUGGCGUCAUCACGGAUACCUUGGUCUUCCUGCUGGUGCUCAACGACUUCUUGACGGGGCCUAUUUCCGUCCCCGCGCCUGCAACUGAAGAACGGGUGCGAUGUACAGCGCUUAUCAAGCAAGCUCAGGAGGCACUGGAGAGACCCAUCUAUUUGCUAUCCAUAUUGGCAACAGGAAGCUCUUCUACUUGGUGCACACGCCUUCAUCAAGCCCAACAAGGAUUUGAACGACGGCCCGAGGGAUACGUGCCGAUGAAACUAGGGACUCCUCCUAGGAAACUCACCAAGGUACAGACCGUCUGGAUUGACCAUGUCCCCAAGAAAAUGCGUCAGUUUUACGACGACACAAACGGCUUCACAGCGGCACUCAUCUACAUCUUUGCGGACGUGGCUCGAGAUCUGCGCUCCCUCGCCAUGAUCAUCUCCCAGAAGCCCAUCUACGAGGAACUCCUGAAGGAGUACGACAGCUGGCUACCGCUAGACAUCCUCAUCAACGUCGCCAACUUCAUGGAAGGCAUAGCCAGCUACCCCUUCAUGUCGGAACUGCCCGACGGCAACACCUACAACCCGUUGAUCAUCAAAGAACCGAGCGACCCUGACUACGACACUGCCUUGUUGGUUCUUAGUCGGUUGACGAAGGAGAGUUCCCGCGGAAGCAAGGCCCUGAACGCGUCAGUGGAUUCCCAGCUGGCAGCGAAUGCAGCCAAAUCGCAUCCCCUCGGCAUCUCCCCCUAUCGCCUCCGCGCCGUUGUUUUUGUUGAGAAAGCAAAGAGUCUUCGUAAACGUUCAACUACUUCACAAGCAACUUACUACACCAUCAACGACAUGCGCUUCCUUUCCCAGCGCACCACCUCCUUUGCUACUUUUCCCCAGCUCCUCCAAGGUGCAGGCGGGGCAGGAUCUACCCUCACACGCUUCAUACCCUCUCGCAUCUCCCGCCUACUCCGCGGGUCUUCUACCCCAGAGCCUCAACCCUCUUCCACCGACCCUGCCAACCCCAGCGCGGACACCACAGCCGAAAACACCGGCGGCAUCCUGACCUUCCUCGACAAGUUCGGCGCCGGCGCCUUCACAGGCGGCGCCAUCGAGCGCUGGCCUCUCAUCAAACUCGCUCUCUUGCUCCCCGGCGGCUACUUCUCUCUGAUCAUCUACUUUGUCGUAGCCAUCCUGCUCAACCACAUCCGCACCAUAUUCGUCCCCUGGCUAGGAAACUGGAUGUGGUACACACCAAUGGAAGACCUGCGCCUAGCACUAGGAACCAACCCGGCCUUCUUCCUAGAAUACGCCCUCGGGUUUUCCUGGUGGUGGUACGCCUUUUCUUUCAUCCAAAAAAUGGCCUGGGAUUUCUGUGGCGGCCUGGCCAUUGCCACGCUCACAAUAUACGGGAUUCCUGACCCGGACGAUCCUGCGCAGUUACAUGCCAAGUCAGGUGGUAUGACGACUUUGCAUCUUUUGGAUUCAGAUUCCGACUCAGAUUCCCCCCCAGAAGACUCCCCAGACUCCUCCUCAUCAGCAGAAUCAAGUGCCGAGAAGAAAAAGGCAAAAAACGAAGCAAAAUGGAAAUCCCGCAAACUAGACCUCCUAAAAAUCGGUUAUCUAGUAUGGGCCCUCGCAACACUAGAACACAUGUUCGCCCGCACUCUCAACACCAUCACCUUCCUCAUAGCAUGGUACCGCCUCGCCUUCCGGGGCGGCGACGCCGAGCACCUGGCCAUGGUCAACGUCGCCGUCAAAAACUGGACAAAAAUGCCACUGCACGUGUCGCAGGUGUACUGGUACAGCAUGAACGCCCUGUGGCCGAUUGUGCUUAGCGCUUUCGCGCUGGCGGUGGCGAGGCAGCCGGGCAUGUUAGUGCUGCUGGGGAUUAUUGUGGGAGGCGUGGCGGCCGUGAUACGGUACAGGAGCACGGUGUUUAUUGCGUUGGAGGUCAGCGGGUUGUUUGUGGUUAUGGGGCUGGUGGUGGUGAGUGCCGUGUUGUUGGCGGUGGAGUUUGUGGAGGAUCCGUUGGGACUGAAGAUGGGCACGGCGGUGGCGAGGAAGAGGGGGAUUAGAGCGAGGGGGGUGUUGGCGGAGAGGGCGAAGGGGAGGACCAAGAUUUUGAGGAGGGAGGAGGCGCUUUCGCUUUGGGGAGAUCUCCCGCAGCAGCAGCAGCAGGAACACCAGCCGGAAGAAGAGGUUGUUGUUGAAGUCGAGCGAAGCAGCGCUGCUGCGGGUACCUCUACCGAGAAGGGAGGGCUUCAAAAGACUGACUAA